AUGACGGAGAUGAAGAAGGUGGACAGACCCCGGCCCAUAUUUGACAGAGGAGGUUUGGAUAAGUCCAAAUAUUGUGCUUUCCAUGAUGGACCGGGACAUACAACUGACCAAUGCUGGGAUCUCCGAGAUGCUGUGGAGAAAUUUGUAAGAGAUGGACGGUUGCGUCAAUACGUGAUCAAAACCCAAGGGUCCAAAAUCAACAAAAGAAAGGCGGGAAAUAGAAAGAGAAGUAGAAGCCCAGUUCCUGAAAAGAAGAACAAGGAUGAACGAGAUCGCAAAGGUGAUCCCAACUUUGACGAGUUCCCAGAAGCGGAAUUUGAUUGCAAUGUAAUCAGUGGAGCCCUUAGAGGAGGUGGAGACACCAUAAGUGCAAGACGAAAGUACUUGAAGGAGGUCCUUUCAAUUCGGGACCGCCCUAGAUUCAAGGAGGAUUCAAGCAAGCCAUAUCCCCCUUUGCUUUAUUUCACAAAGGAGGACAUGCAUGGCGUGUUACCCGGACAUGUUGACGGACUUGUUAUAGCUGGUACUCUGGUAAACUGUCAGGUUAAGAAAAUUUUUGUUGAUGCAGGGAGUAGUGCCGACAUCAUCCUAUAG